AUGCCAGGCUUGCAACAUAGCGGUCGCGAAUCUGACUACCGUCACAACAGAAGGGCCAAAAUUUCAGGCUGCUGUGGCAGAUCUCAAAUUUUCCUCAACUGGGGAAUUAGAAAUACCAAAUUUAGCAAAGACGGCUUCAAGCGACGACCGCCAACAUUAUACCGAAGCCCUGAUGCAUCACGACAAGUCCCGACCUCCCUCCUCACUCUACAGUUGCAAAAGGAGCGAGGCGGCAAGCAGCAUCAGCAAUUGUUGAGUAUACAGACAAAUACCGACGGUCAAACUAGGGAAGUUAAGAGGAAUAUCAACAGUUUCAUAUAUAACAACGCUGGGCUUAACCCAGUCCUUCAAAGCACCAACGGCCGAGCUCUCAGCCUAUCUCGAGAGCAUCACUCGGUCACCCUAGUUGCUUCAUGCGCCCCUCUAUACUCCAGGGUCGAUGAGAGUUGGGAGACGGACAAUAUGGUGCCCAGCAAACUGAAAAGUCCCGUGGAAGAACAAAAAUACAAGAACAGUUUCGUGGAAGAACCGAGAGAGGAAGACUGGUUCAACUUGGUGAAACGAUUCAACGAGGACUGCAAGGAAGACACCCGCAAGAAGAGAUACUUCCCUUUUUACCACUUCGUGUUGGCUAUGAAGAGGCCCCUGGUUCCUAACAAGAGGAAAUUAUGCCGUGGCUGGUCACAUUAUCAACGAGCCAAGUAG